AUGACGCUCUUUUCGGCCAUCCUGGUGGCGGCAGCGGGCUGCAUUGGUGUUGCCCUGGGCGACUGCGAGUGCGGAUACUCAAUAUCGGGGGACGAUGCCGGAUACCAAGUGUUCACCGACCUACUCGAGAGCGAUUUCCUUCACACAAACUAUCUGGAUUCACCCGCGGCCGACACGGGAUGGGCAAGACAGACCUUCAACAUGACCAAAGAGUUGGCGAGGGGCACAUACGGAGAGGCCUUCGUGGCGGCUAAUGCGAUAUCCAACGAGAUCAAGGACGACAAUGUGUGGACGGGCGACGGUCGGAAUGGAGGCGCGGGAGGGUUACAGCUGGUGGUCAGUAGUGAGGUUGUCGAUGACUCGGUCCAGACAGCCGAGGUUGCGACCAUGGGAACGGAUUACUUCUACGGCACUUUCAGGGCUGGUAUAAAAGUCACUGACGUCGUAGGGACGUGUAGUGCCUUCUUCUGGUACUUCAACGACACGCAAGAAAUCGACAUGGAAUUUCUCUCGGCCGAGUUCAACACGGACAACAGUUCCUUCCCCGUCAACCUCGUUCUGCAAACCCCUCAGUCACGCCGCUCCGGCUACGAUGCCUCUAAGACGGGUACCUUCGACAAGGUCAACCUGCCCUUCAACCCGACCGACGACUUCCACGAGUACCGCUUCGACUUCCUCGCGGAUAAGGUCUUGUUCUACGCUGAUGGGGCCUUGCUGACGUCCAUGAGCGGGUCCGCGGUGCCAACUUCGUCCGGCAACAUUUUGCUUUCCCACUGGAGCAACGGGAAUUCGGGAUGGUCGCAGGGCCCCCCGACUGAGGACGCCGUCACGACGCUUAGUUAUGUCAAGGCGUACUACAACUCGACGAAGGUCGGGAGAGAGCGCGAUUACACGAAGCGGUGUACGGAUCCCGCCGGGGAAGGCGCCGUCUGCGCUAUCCCGGAGAACGACGCUACUUUCUUUUUCAUGUAUCAGAAAAACAUGACGGGGAACCAGACCACAUUUCAGGGGGACGACAGUGCUGCCGGGUCGAAUUCGUGGUCGCCGCUUGUGCUUGUUGCGGCGCUGGCAUGUUCGGCUUGGGCCCUGGGGCUAUGA